AGUAUUUUCCAUUUCAUCAGCAAGGAGCCUAUAUUACUUUGGUGGUUGACUAAAAUGUUGGUUUAAUGCCCACCCCUUUUCCAUCUGCCCAUGUCUGCGCGGCUCUGUGCAGGCGUACAAUCAUGACUAGCUCACAGCACAGUGUGCUCAGCCUGCUCUAGGAACAUACUGCUCCAGCUGAAGGAAGCAAGCCUCUGCUCUGCCUCUCCUAAGGAUCCAGCCUGGCAAAAAAGAAAGAAGGACAAUGACUCCACCAUUGACUUGCUGAGAGAAUUUUUUUAAUGUGGAUUUCUUCCUCUUUUUUGUUAUGGGGGGCUGUUGUUUUUUGGUGAAUAGCUCAGACCAGAUGAUGGACGUUAAGCAGCUCGCCAGAUGUCGUGGUGGCGUCCUUAUUAGCAAAGAGUUUGGAGCUCCUUCCAGAAUGUCACAAUCUUAACCGCAGGGAGAGAAAAAAAAAAAGAAGGAAAGAAAAGGAGCCCAUCGAGAUCCUUGUGGGUCCUACAAGUCAGCAAGGAAAAGGUAACCGGACCCCCACAAUCCCCCCCCCCCCAGCCACCCCUCGCUGCCUUUCAGCUCAUUGAGAACAAGCAAAGGGGGGCAUUGUAAGGCUGCCAGCGCUGAACAAGCUGAAAGCUCCUGUAUCACCAGCACAGAGGGCUCCAUUUAGACCUGCAUCUAAUUAGCCAAAACACAAAGCAAAGCGGCUGAAUGGAGCUUGUCACUCUACUGGAAAAGAAGGACAUCGGGGACGAUUUCAAUGGACAUUCUCGAGAAAAUUUGGAAACGUGUUUGCUAAUGGAUUUCCUUCUCAUUGGUCUCUGUUUAAACUGGAUGUUGAGAAAGCCCCCGGGGUUAAUACUGUGCGCGCUGGGCAUAUUUAUUAAGAUGCUUCCCCUGGUGAAUAGCGGCUGUCCGCGCCUGUGUCGCUGCGAGGGCAGAUUUCUGUACUGUGAGUCCCAGAAUGUGACGGAGCUGCCUGGCAACCUGUCGGGGGCAAUGGGCUUGUCUCUGCGGUACAACAGCAUGGUCGAGCUGCAGGACGGACAGUUCACGGGGUUAAUGCAACUCACGUGGCUCUAUCUGGAUCACAAUCACAUAGAGACAGUGGAAGUCAAUGCCUUUCAAAAACUGCGUCGGGUCAAGGAACUCACGAUCAGUGCCAAUAAAAUAACACAUCUGGCCAACCACACGUUCCGACCCUUGCCAAACCUACGCAGUUUGGAUCUAUCCAACAAUAACAUACAAGCGUUGGCGCCGGAUCUUUUCCAUGGUCUACGCAAACUGAGCAGCCUACAGUUGCGUUACAAUGCCAUCAAGUUUGUGCCAGUGAGGAUCUUUCAGGACUGUCGCAGUCUGGAGUUCCUAGACUUGGGAUACAAUCAGCUGAAGAGCUUGGCCCGGAACUCUUUUGCAGGAUUAUUCAAGCUCGCCGAGCUCCACCUGGAGCACAAUGACUUGGUCAAGGUGAAUUUAGCUCAUUUCCCCAGGCUGCUCUCUUUGCAUUCCCUCUUCAUGAGGAAGAAUAAGGUCACCAUCGUAGUUAACUCUUUGGACUGGGUGUGGAAACUCACCAAAAUGGAUCUCUCUGGCAACGAGAUCGAGUACAUCGAACCUCAUGUUUUUGAAAGUGUACCUCACCUGGAAUCCCUGCACCUGGAUUCCAAUCGCCUCACCUACAUCGAUUCUAGAAUCCUCAAUUCUUGGAAAUCUCUAACCAGCAUCACCCUGGCUGGGAACAGCUGGGACUGUGGACGUAACGUGUGUGCCUUGGCCUCUUGGCUGAGCAACUUCAAGGGUAGGUAUGAUGGCAACAUGCUAUGUACCACCCCAGAGUAUGCACAAGGAGAGGAUGUCCUGGAUGCUGUCUAUGCUUUCCACCUAUGUGAGGACCCAAUGGAUCCCACCAGUGCUAAUGCCAUUUCUACAGCUUUCAACAACAGUGAUCGAAAUGCCCACAACAGUGCCACCUUCACCACCACCACCUACGAUGUGCAGGAUACAGAAGGGGAAAAGACUACAGACAACCUCAUGGCCACUCUGCCCAGUGAGCACCCUGAGAACACUGUCCAGAUCCAUAAGGUAGUCACAGGGACUAUGGCGUUGAUUUUCUCCUUCCUCAUUGUGGUUUUGAUGUUGUACGUUUCUUGGAAGUGUUUUCCGGCCAGUCUCAGACAGUUGAGGCAGUGCUUUGUGACACAACGCAGGAAGCAAAAGCAAAAACAGACUAUGCAUCAAAUGGCUGCAAUGUCUGCCCAGGAAUACUAUGUAGAUUACAAACCCAACCACAUCGAGGGAGCUUUGGUUAUCAUAAAUGAAUAUGGUUCUUGUUCUUGCCACCAGCAGCCCGCCAGGGAGUGCGAGGUGUGAUCUUAUUACCUUUCCACUUGUGGGGAAAUAAGGAAAAAAAAAAAACAUUGUGUAACCAAAUAACAAUGGCAGAUAGACAACAAGCUGGAGGAGUUCCUUGUGCUGUUUUCUUUUCUCAUACACUCCCUGACUGGCACCUUGAGGGAUCUUUUGGGAAAAGACUUGACAUUUUAGCUUUAUUGUGUCUUAAAACAAAAAAACCUUUCAGGACAGUGAGAUGUAAACAAAACAAAAAACAAAACAAUAUUCUGAUGGUACGAAGAUUUGUCUAUAUUCAGGAGAGUGUAAAAAAGAGGUACCAGGUUGAUUUCUUUUUUGUAAACUACCAUGUUUAAAAAAGGAAGAAAAAAAAAAGCAAAAAUAAAAAAUAAAAUAGCAUUUACAAUA